ACACUUCCGGCCGCACGAGGCCUUCCGGCGCGGAGGUCGCCAUGGCGGCGUCUUUGGCUCGGCUCGGCCUCCGGUCAGUGAAGCAGGUUCGCGUUCAGUUCUGCCCCUUCGAGAAGAAUGUGGAGUCCACGAGGACCUUCCUCCAGGCCGUGAGCAGCGAGAAGGUCCGUUCCACCAACCUCAACUGCUCGGUGAUUGCGGACGUGAGGCACGACGGCUCCGAGCCCUGCGUGGACGUGCUGUUCGGAGACGGGCAUCGCCUGAUUAUGCGCGGCGCUCACCUCACCGCCCAGGAAAUGCUCACAGCCUUUGCCUCCCACAUCCAGGCCAGGGCUACGGCGGGGAGCGAGGACAAGGCCGGCGCGAGUACCGGGCGCUGAUAGCGCAAAAUAGCCCAACAAGCAGGUUUUAGCUUGGGAUGGCUAGGAUACCUACCUAAGAAGAGCUUGAGAGACUUCAUUCACUCGAAUCACCAUCUGGAGGGACACGGAGCGCCCCCCCCGAAAAAAAAAAGAGCGAGCGAGCGAGAGAGCCAUGUGAUUACUGAUACAACCAGCGUUUUUGGAACAAGACAAUCAGAUAGGGGUCUGGACAAACUUGAAUUUAUUUCACUUUCUAACCAUCAUCCCGUGCUUAACCCUUUGAAUUUGGCUUCACCCAUCACUCACCCAAGGUACCUCUUACUCUUAUUAGCCAAAUCUAGUGCUGUUUUUCUCCAUCUUCAUCUUUCCAUUUCAGUAGCGCCGGCCACUUUUAAUUCACUCCCUUGUAGAACUUCUCCUCCUCUUAUGGCUUUUUCCUUUUAGCCAUAAAAGUGUACCACUCUCAUCCUUCAUUUUCUUUUCUAUUUCUGGGGCAUCUCAUCCCUUGUCAUAAGUUGAGCUACCCUUUCCUGUUAAAUCCUACAUUUUUCUUUGGCUCUAAUCUAAUGAUUACCUCCAAAGUCCACAACACUGUCCAAAAUAGAAUUGGUAAUCCUAUAUACACAUAUACUUGCCUCUUACCCUGACUUUCCCAUUCCUUUUAAGGCACUUCAUCUUCUCAGCCACCAGGGCUGGAAACCACAGCAUUUUCUCUGGUUCUGCCCUCUCCCUUUCCCUGCAUAUCCAGUCAGUAAGUUCAGAAUAUUCUGUCUUAAACAAAAGCUUUUGAAAUGUUUUCUCCAUUCCCAUUCACUUAUAUCCCACUAACUAUAUCAUUGUAUUCUCCCACCCAGUCUCCUUUUUUCUGAUCAUUUUUGCUGCUGCUUAAGUUUAUCUUUGAAAGCACAUCACUGUUUUUAUGUCUCCUUGUUUCACACUGUACCUAGCCUGUUUUUCAUACUGGGUUGCUACCCAUUGGUGUGGAUCAUGAAAUCAACGUAUGGGGAUAAAUCAGCCUUUUUAAAAACAAAGUAAAGUAAAAUAGUAUCAGAGUGCAUGGCACAGGGAAUGAGAAGUUUUUUGUUUUUUGUUUUUUGUUUUUUUAAGAUUUUAAAAAUUUAUUUGACACAGAGAUCACAAGUAGGCAGAGCAGCAGGCAGAGAGAGAGGGGAAGCAGGCUCCCUGCUGAGCAGAGAGCCUGAUGAGGAGCUCGAUCCCAGGACCCUGAGACCAUGACCUGAGCUGAAGGCAAAGGCCUAACCCUCUGAGCCACCCAGGUGCCUUGAGAGAAGUAUUCUUUUAAGAAGUUUUGCAGCCUAUAAACAAUAUACAUAUAUAAAGUAGGAAGUAUGUAUAUGUGUGGGUAUCUGCAUGUACUUGGUUGCAGUGUAGAAUUAUUUCUACCCUGGGUUGUAGGAAAAAUACUUGAUUGCUAUGGGUUUAAAGAGCUUUAGAAUGCUUAGCUAGGCAAUCAAGGAUCUGUAGACACUGUCUGCUGUAUUCUUUGCCAAAUACAUUUUCCAUGACUUUGUUAACAGUGUUACUACAGUGCUGCUCUGCUUAAAAGGGUGCUGUCUUCAAGAGCUGGUUUUACCCCCUCCCCCUUUAAAAAAGAAACUACCAAAAAACAAACAGCCUAUCAGGAGGGAGUAUGGUGUAGUGAAGAGCCAGAAUUCUUGGGGUUGAAAUCUUAACUCUUGUCCCUAAGUAGCUCUGUGACUGUGGAAAAUUAGUCUCCAUGCCUGUUCCCUUACAGAUAAAAUGGGGAUAAUAGUACCUAUCUUUUAGAACUGUUGAGAGGAAUAAAUGAGCCGAUACCUAUAAAGCACCUAGAACAUUACUGGGAGCAAAAGUGUUGUCUAAGAGGGCUUAUGCUGUAGCCAAAAGGAUACUGACAGCCUAGAUUUGUUCCUCAGCUCUGUGGUUAACUGACUUAUCUCCGGCCAGAUUUUACCACUCUUCUCAUCUGAAAAAGUGGGGAUGGUUCAGACAUUGCUGUAAACACAGAUUGAAUGCUGGCACUGAACUUGAGGUUGGGGCUGUGUCCCCAGCACUUUGCAUAAUCUCUGAUACACAUAGUGUGCAAUAAACGUGUUGAAUUGACAGAUA